CUAUAUAUCACUUUGACAUUACUUGCUGUCAGAAAUUAAUAAAUACUGACUGCUGAUGCUGUGUUCGGUCUACCAGUAUUUUUAUGUAUUGUAUUUAGAAAUAUUCUCAAUUUGAGUGUAUUUUGCGUGGUGAUCGUUUCAUGGUAAACUUUUCAUAGUUUCACUGUCAUAGUUUCGUGUUAGUGAAGUGUUGUUUUUUAAAAUACUUUAAUUAAUAUUAUGUGAAAGUUGUGUGUUCUCCAAUUUCCUACCCACGUUCAUUGAAAAAUGGAGGUGUCCCAUUCCCUGACUCUGAAUGAGUCAGCUCUACAACAAUUACCAGAUGACAAGAAGCCACAUUUCAUAUUUGAAUGGCUCCGGUUCCUUGACAAAGUACUUGUGGCUGCUCAUAAGUCUGACAUAAAAAGCUGCCAGCAAAAACUAGUGGCUCAGCUAGUGAACCUCCUACGUGAAAACCUUGGUGGACCGGCAAGGAGGUUGUUAGCCAGGAAUUUGGCUACUCUGUUCUCCGUUGGGGAUACAUUCCUGCUGUUUGAUACUGUGAACAAAUGCAAUGACAUCAUUAAAGUUAAAGAUGAUUCGCCAUCUUAUUUGCCGACUAGACUGGCAGCGAUAUGUUGCUUGGGAAGUAUGUACGAGAAACUCGGCAGGAUGAUGGGAAGGUCUUACGAGGAGACGGUGACAACUCUAGUCAGAUCACUGAAAAAUGCUGAGUCCCAGACGCGACUUGAAAUUAUGAAUACCCUUGAAAAGAUCUGUGUGGGUAUGGGCACGGCUGCCCCGGCCGCCGUCCGCGAGGUAUCUCGUGCGGCCCGCGCGGCGCUAGUGUCGGAAAGGGCAACCGCAGUGAGAGCGGCCGCGGCCCAUACAUUGCGACAUUUGUUACCGUUGAUGAGGCUAACACCAGCGGAUCUGGACGCCAUAGCCGCCGCCUGUUUAAGGGCUGCUCAGUCUAGUGAUUAUUCUUUAAGAUGCGCUAUAGCUGAAUUAUUGGGUGCGUUAAUAGCAAUCACGCAGGCUGGUGAAGUUACUAAUUUGAAUUCCAAACUGAAAACCGGUGCACCGUCAGUACAACAAAAGAAAGAUCCACCUAAGAACGUAGUGUCUUUAGAUGAAGCAUUGAACUUGUUGAUGGGUGCUUUCCUACGCGGAGGUACUUCAUUCCUUAAAGGAGAAAUAAUUAAAUCCAGUUCUGGAGUCAACCGGGAAGUGAGAGUUUGUGUGACGCAUGCAUACGUGAUAUUCGUUCAGAACAUGGGUGGCGUGUGGUUGGAACGCAAUAUGACGACGUUCCUCAAUCACGUGUUAGAUCUAGUCGCUAACCCCAAGGCGGCGAGCUCACACGUCGACGCUGUUUAUUCUAGGAAAUGCAUCAACUUCAUACUGCGCAACACGCUCGGUAAGAUGCUUGGGGAAAAGGCGCAAUCAUCAGCUUGUCGUGAGAUCAUUCAAAUAGUCAUCAAACAGAUGAACAGUAUUGAUUUCAACCCUGAGAACGCUAAGGAUUGUAACCAGGAAACUUUAUUCAGUCAGCAUUUGCUAGUCUGUGCGUUGAUGGAAGCCGGAGAGUUGGCUCUACAGCUCGGCACGUCGGUACAGAACCUCGUGUCGGAUACCUCACUCAACAUGAUCGACGCUAUCUGUACUGUCCUGUCGCACCCGUGCGUGGCGGCGCGUCUGGCGGCGGCGUGGUGCGUGCGGUGCGUGUGCGUGGCGCUGCCGGCGCAGAUCACGCCGCUGCUCGACCGCUGCGUCGACGCGCUCGACGCCGCGCGACCCACGCCCCACCAUAUCUCCGGUUACUCAGCAGCCCUAGCGGCUAUUCUAGGCGCUGUCCGACUAUCCCCACUAGGCAUUCCGCACGGGCGCGGGAAAGUGGCCUUUAAUGCCGCGGAACAAUUGCUCCGAUCCGCGGGACAAAGUAGUCGCCUGACUGCAGCUAGAACUAACGCCGGCUGGCUCAUUGUCGGAGCUAUUUGUACACUGGGUGUACCAGUCGUCCGAGGUUUACUACCCAGAAUGUUGCUACUUUGGCGCAAUAGUUUCCCUCGAUCCGCUAAAGAAUUGGAAUCGGAAAAGUCCCGAGGAGAUGCUUUUACUUGGCAGGUUACAUUGGAAGGUCGCGCCGGAGCCCUAUCAGCAUUACAUAGUCUGCUGAUCCACUGUCCCUCGCUAGUACACAAUGAUGAUACAGCCAAACGUCUUACACAACCGAUAGAUGGCGCUAUUGCUGUUCUUACCAACGUUAGCACAGUAGUACGUUCAUACGGCGGCGCUUUAAAGGCCCCGGCAGCGCUGCUCCGCCUGCGAGUGUACCAGGCGUGUUACGCGCUGGGAGGGGGAGGCUCCCCUCCUCCCGCCCCCCUACUCAGACUGCUGGCAGCUGAGCUAGCUGGCUCUGCAGAUCCGAGUGGCGCUAAUGUUGCUACUGGUACUCUUCGAAACGCAAUGCAUCCCCGUGACACCAUAUUGUUGGGCGAAGAGGGAUGGAUUUAUGAUACGGAUCAUGCCGAUAUUGAGGAUCAGCUAAUGUCCCCGCUGAGCGCGAGUGGGUCGGGCGCGCUGGAGCACGACCCUUGCUGCCUGUACCGCGGCCAUACCGGCGCCCAGCCACUAGGGGUCGCCGUCAUCGACGCCUCCGUACUGCUCUUCCCGCAAAUAUUUUCCAGGGCUGCUAAUAAACAUCGGCAACAGAUGCUGGAACAUUUUGCGGAAUGCAUAAAAAUGUCAAAAGGCGCCCGCCAGGAAGCGAUACAGAUCAACGUGUACACUGCUCUGUUGCUCGCAUUGAGGACCUUAGCCGAACUCAAGAGCUCGCUAGGACAGGAGGCCGUUAAGAAUAUUGCUAUUGAAUUAGUUAUUAACGGUUUAUCAGCAAACAGCGCAACAGUUCGUGCGGCGGCCGCUUCAUGCGCCGGACGACUAUGUGGCUGUAUUACUGAAGCUGAAAGCCAAGCGUUGUCAGAAAAAGUCAUAGCUUUAGCGCGUACAGCGGUGAACCGGUCCGUCCGUGCAGCUGCUGCAGCGGCUGUCGGCGCUGUGCAACGUGCUAGAGGCGCUACUUCAAGCGCUGCAGCGCUACCUGUUCUAAGGGCCUUAGCGCAAGAUACAGCCGCUGUUGAGUUGCAAGUAUGGUCUCUUCACGCCCUCUCCGUACUAGCAGAUGCCUCGGGUCCAAUGUUCCGUGGCCACGUAGAGUCCACCCUGAACCUGGCUUUAAAGCUGUUAUUCAGUGCGCCGCCAUUCCAAGAGGAUCUUCAUCGCAGUAUUGGGAGACUGCUGUCCGCUUUGAUCACUGUAGUUGGACCCGAGUUGCAAGUGGUGGCGGUAGGCAGGUUCGUGUGCGCAUGCGCAGCGCUAUUUGAGUGCGGGGGCGGGGGCGCGCGCGCAGAGGCCACGGGCUGUCUGCAGCAACUGCAGAUGUUCGCGCCAGACCAUAUCAAUCUACACACACUCGUACCGCAACUAUGUCGCGACCUCUCCAGUUCGGACCUCACAGUCCGGCGCGCCGCCCUCUGCUGCCUACGUCAGCUGUCGCAGAAGGAGGCCGCCGAAGUGUGCAAGUACGCCCUCAUGGCCAAGGAUCAUGUGCCUGCUCGACCUUAUUGUGGUGUAGUAAUCACAGAGACGGGUCUUCCUGGUGCUUUAUUCGCGUUUUUGGAUAGUGAGCGUGACCCCACAGCGUUAUCUUACGCGCGGGAUACGUUGACGUGCUGCCUUCUCGCCGCCGCGACGCAUCGUAGCGUGAAGGACUGGCUUGUACUCGCUAAGAGAGUACUGACCAUUCGACUAGAGGACAACAACAAUCCUGACACGGAUUUCGACGGUGAAGGAGAUGAUGACCAAGCGGAGUUCCACGCUGAGUCGGAACAGUCCACACACCCCGCUGUACAAUCUAGGUGGCCGACUAGGGUUUUCGCAAUGGAAUGCAUUCAAAAGAUAAUGGGAGCGUGCGAGGCAACGGGCGAUAGUGCUCACUUCGAUCUUGUCAAAGCCAAGGAGAAGCUACAGACCCAACCGGACGGAGAUUACCUCUCCCUUCAUCUAUCGGAUUUAGUCCGCAUGGCGUUCGUGGGAGCUACAGGGGAAUCAGAUGCGCUACGUCUGUGUGGACUGAAGACGUUGCAGAUGAUCAUACAGCAGUUCGCCAGGGCACCCGAGCCCGACUUCCCCGGACAUCUGCUCCUAGAACAGUAUCAGGCGCAGGUGGGCGCGGCAGUGAGGCCCGCGUUCUCCGGCGACACGGCGUCCCACGUGACGGCUGCAGCCUGCGACGUCUGCUCCGCCUGGAUAGGCUGCGGGGUCGCCAGGGAUAUCAACGAUUUGCGCAGAGUUCAUCAACUUCUGGUUUCGAGCUUGGAUAAAUUGAAUACUAAGGGUAACACCACUUUGAUUUACAACGAAAGUAUGGCAACAUUGGAGAAGUUGUCCAUCUUGAAAGCUUGGGCAGAGGUGUACAUAGUAGCAAUGGUCAGCAACGGAAGCGCUCCAGGCAGCUACGUGAAACACUUAGACACGAAACCUUUUAACAACAAAGCGGAAUUGGCUCGAUGGCGCAACCAGUUGUUACAAAAUAAUAACCAAAUAGACAAUGCAACCCCCGAGACACCUGAAGAUGAGGAGUAUGGAGACUUUGAGUCCAAAGGAGAGAGUCUUUUGAAGUUGGUGGAACCAGAGUUAGAAAGUUUAGGGGAGAAUUGGAUUGCGGCGCUAAAGGAUCAUGCGUUGUUGAGUUUGCCUCCUGAAUUCGCGUCUCAGCUUCCGCACGGCGGCGGAGCGUUUUACUGCGCGGAGACGGCAGAGGCGUCCCGCCUGCACUACGCGCGCGCCUGGCCCGAGCUACUCUACGCUGCCGCGCUGCGGUACAACAAGGGGGGCGCGCUGCCUGCUGAUAAAUCAGAAGGCGCUUUAGACAACAGAUCAUCGAAGACUGAAAACGGAAACUUUGAAUUCUUUGAACCCAUUGAUGAGAGAUUCCAUCUUUUAUUCGGUAUUUGCACGGAAGCUCUGUGCGCACAACGUGACAUGAGCGAUGAGAAUAUAAUCUCUGUGCUGUUGUCUCUGGUCACAUUGCUCGAUGCGCCAGAGAACAGAGCCAGGCUACUGAAAGACAGGGCGCUCGCAAUAGAAUUAUGCCAAAUAAUCCAUCGCACCGGACUUACUCAGGAGAGCAUUGAAGCAUUGCUUCUAGCAGCUGAUGUUCUGAAGUUAGUUAUAGAAGGUGCCAAAGAGCAACUUCAUGCUAAUAUGCAGGCCAAGAUUAAAGAACUAGCACCAAACGAAGCUUCCGACGGGACAACACCUCAAUCAGUUCUCGAGGUGGUCCAUACAUUAGGCGAAGGAGGUCCUACAGGCGAUUUACCUCCUGGGAAAUCAGUAGUCUUCGCUUGCCUUGAAGCUUGUCUUUGCUUGCUGGUCCGUCGCCUCCCAGCCCUCUCGCCAAAAAAGCAAGGAGGAGCGAUCGGAGUGAUCGGAGUGCCAAAGGGUUUAGGUGUACACGGAGACACGCUGCUUGUCAAAACUCUGACUGCCAUGUCUGAAUUACCGUCGCUGACUAGUCCUCAAGGUGCGCUCUCAAUCCUGCCGACUAUCCUGUACCUGGCGACGGAGAUCCUCCGCGAGUCCCGCGGGCAGGGCGUGGCGGCGGAGUGCGGGGUCCUCCUGCUGCAGGGCGCGGCCGACUGCCCCGCGCCCCGACUGCAUGCGCAUACUGCCGCGCUGCAUGCCAAGCUACUGCAGAGCGCGCUAGCCAAGCUUGUCGAGAGGGUUAAGAGUGAUGAUCCAGAUCAACGCAUCGAGCCGAUAAUAGGGGCGCGUGGUAUGGCCGUGGUGUUAAACAAAGCGGGCCCAGCGCCACCCCUACAUUAUCCCUGUAUAAACCACUUCCGGCAGUGUCUUGAAACUAAUGAUAAUGAGGUGUUUACGUCGUGCUGCGCGGUGCUGCGUUGCGUGUGGGGCGCGGGCCCGGCGUGGCGCGUGUCGUGGUGGGCGCGCGGGCUGGCGGGCGGGGUGACGGCCCGCGCCGCGGCCGCGCGCCGCCCCGCCGACAUGGCCCACACGCGCGCCGCCAUCGCCGCCAUCACCGCGCUCGACGACCUCGUCAACGCCGCGCCCGACUCCGCACGUAUCAAAAUGCUCUGGCUGCUAGUCCCAAUAGUGAUAUCGUACCUGCGCGAGGGCGCGGAGUUGCAACGCGCGCCGGCGCACGUCCGCGCCCUGCACGAGUUCGCGCUGCACUGGCUCACUAAAGUCGGACCUAAGCACCCACAGGAGUUUAAAACAAUGAUGCAACAGUCUUCCGAGCUACGCAACAAGUUAGAAAACGCGUUGAAGGCCAACCAGGCGACCGCUCGAUCAGGCCGUACUGCGCAGACGCAACGUCCCGUAUUCGACGCAAAACCAGCAAAACCCACCAUACAGUUGAAGACAGACUUCAGUGACUUUAGGUAAACUUUUAAAAUAGAUUAGCAAAGUAGAAUAAACAUGAUCGUAAUCGAAAGUAUUGAACGUUAUGAGGACUAUCGCUUUUGGACCACUAGAUGUCGCUGAUGUUCUAUGAUUUUUCCCUUUUAUACCAAUCACUAUUUUUUAUUUCUUUGGUACGGUUUGUCCGAUCUCUGUAUAAUUUCUCUUAUUAAUUAUCCGAAACUUUAUUACUUACAUAUCUUUUUUAUAUAGGGCAAGAGAGAUACCUUAUUUUUCUUGCGUCCACUAGUGGUGAAUUUAGCGAUAAGUCCUCAUUAAGAAUUCGUAAAUCUACUGAAAUUAUCGUAGAGAUUUAAACUUUGAAUUAGUAAUCAAAGCUUUAGUAUUAACUGAAUUGAAUUUUAAGUUCAACAGUAGACCUAACCAACAUACCAAGCUAUACAAAAUCAGUAUUUUUACAUGAUUUAUCGAUAAAUGAUCUAUGCAUUUGGCCCCGCCCGAGGAGUUACGAGUGCGUUACCUCGUUCUCGAGGGCUAAAGAUUUGAGGAUUUAGGAGUUGGUGAUAGGGGUAGGGGGAAAUCAGGGUUAGAUAAUCUCAUUCACGCAACGCUGUAGUAGUAUGACGCUGGUUUCCUGUGAUGCGAUUUAUGGCUCCAUUAGAGUCGGACUAUUCGUACGGAAUCAUAAAAACCGCUCUCCCAUGUUUAUCAUGGUCUCGUUUUGAAAGAUAUUUCCUCACAUUUAACGGUCACUUUAUACUGGUUUUGAUUAGUUUGUUGUGUAGCCAUAUGUACUAGAAAAGGUAUAAUACUAUUUCCAUUAGGUAUCCGCCGGAUUUUAUUAAUAAAAAACAACACAGUCUAAUAAGUUUUAAAUUUUGACAAAGCUUGAUCUGAAAUGAUUAAUAACGUAGGUAACAAUAAAUGCCUCAAGUUACUUAUCGCAUUUUUAAAACAUUUAAUUGUGUUUAAAUAUCAAUGUUCUAUCUCUUAUACAAAUAUAAUUAUUAAUUUUAUAAUUUUAUUUAUGUUAACCUGUAAUAUUUAAAUUUUCUGAUAAGUAACAAGUUAAUUCUUUAAGUUAAGCCGUUUUGAGUGCAAGUUUCAUGAUCAAUAAUAAUACAGUUUUACUGAUUAGUAAAUAUGUAAUUUAUUUUAUUUAUUUGGUGUGUUUGAAUGUCUGAGUUUCUUCCGUGAUAUCACCUUUGAUUGUUAAAACCAUUGAAAAAUAUGAAAAGGUGUUCAAUACUAGGAUUUCCUGUGUUGUAGGACCAAAAAUCAUUUCUUAUUACAAAUUUUCCAAUGUGAAUCAACAAUGUAAUAUAAUCUCGGUGAAUUGAAUAAUAUUAUUUAUUAUUUAUUGAUCAUGAAAACGUAACUCUACAAUACAAAUAUGCACAAUAUUAUGUUUAAAGUAAUAAAACAAUAUUAUAACCAUUCCAUAACAAAGAUAUAAAACGCAUUUCCUUACAAACUCGCUACACAUAGUAAUUAUAACGUACUAUAUUUAUAAUCCUAUUAUAGUUAAUAAUAUGAUAGAUAUUAUGUAUUAGAACAAUAAUGUAGAGUAGAGAUGCUUGGCUAUCUCGAAUUUAAUAUUAAAUAAAAUAAACAAUAAUCCUACUAACGUUAUUAAUGCGAAAGUUUGUAAGAAUAGAAGUUUGUUAGUCUUUUUCGUAAAAACUACUGAGCGGAUCUGAAUGAAAUUUGGCAUAGAUAUAGAUUAUAGUCUGGAAAAACACAUAGGGUACUUUUUACCUCUUUAUUGCGGGCUAAGCCGUUGGCAGAAGCUAGUUUUUUUUAUAUAAUAAUAUUAUCAGCCGAAUAAUAGAGCCUUUUAUUAAAAAGUCCAUUCAAUAAAAUAUUUUAUAGUGAGCCAACGAAUAUUAAGGGAUACAGCUAAUGAAAUUAUAGAAAAAAAAUAUCAUAUUAUUAUGAUUAAAAUGAUAUAUUAUAUUAGUAGCGAAUAUUAUGGAAUACUCGUAUAUUUAGAUAUUUAAUCAUUUUUAAAAGAAAUAUAUGAAAAAUAAUAGUCCUGUGAUAGUUCCUUAUGCGAAUUUUAAACAAAUUGUAACGAUUUUAUUUGGUAAACUAUGUCGGCAGGAUAGGAAUGGAGACGAUAUUUUUCGGUGAUC